AUGUUCGCUAAAAUCGUAGCUUUCGGAACCCUUUUAGCUGCGGCUAAUGCUGGUCUCCUGCAUGGACAUGGUCACGCCGUUUCUUCUCAAAGCAUUGUGCGUCACGAUGAAGGACACAUCUCCCCAUUAGCUUACUCGGCUCCUCUACUUCACGCUGCCCCAGUGGCGUAUGCUCCUGCUGUCUACGCUCCUGCAGCUCACUACGCCGGUCAUGAUGAAUACGCUCACCCCAAAUAUGACUUCGCCUACUCAGUAGCCGACCCCCACACCGGCGACCACAAGUCCCAGCACGAGAGCCGCGACGGUGACGCCGUACAUGGCUACUACUCCCUGGUGCAGCCCGACGGCUCCGUGCGCAAAGUUGAAUACUCAGCUGAUGACCACACCGGAUUCAACGCCGUCGUACACAACUCUGCUCCUUCCGUCCACCCUCAACCAGCUUACUACCAUAAUUAC